AUGAGUUUGAUGUGCUGGAAUGCCCGAGGAUUGGGGAGUCCUCGUGCAUUCCGAAACCUCUUCCUGUGUAUCAGGAAAAAUAGGCCCAAUCUUCUCUUUGUCAUGGAGUCCAAGCUUGCUGCUGGCUGUGGGGAACGUUUUAGAUUAAGGCUUUCUUUUGAUUCUGUUUUUGAAGUCCCUAGAAAUGGUUUAAGAGGUGGUCUUUUGUUAUUUUGGAACUCUGCAUUUGAUGUAAAUAUUUUGAAUUACUCCUCUAACCAUAUUGACUAUUGUAUGAUAAUGCUCCUUCUUUACCCUGGUUUGUUUUUGGUGAUUUUAAUGACUAUCUAUCUCUUAAUGAUCGUUCGAGUUGUACCCCUCCCCCCCCCAUCUGCUAUGAUGCACUUUCAAAAUUUUAUCCAAAAGUUUUCCUUUUCCCCUUUGCAUCCGGUUGGGAAUGUGUAUACUUGGAAGCAUGGCUCUUUGUUUGAGCGGUUGGAUUGGUGUAUAGCAAACAAUAAUUGGCAUUCCCUUUUCCCUAGAGCAACCCUUCACCAUCUUGGGUUUUAUGGGUCUGAUCAUAGAGUGCUUAAGGUUGUUCUUCAAGAUGAGAGCAUGCAGGGUUCGAUUGUUAAAACCUUCAUGUUUGAAAACCACUGGCUCAUGGAAAACUCCUUUUUUGAUACUGUUAAAUCGGCUUGGACUAACUCUAACCUCCCUUCUUAUAAUAACAAACUUGAUCAUUUUCUUUUGAAGCAAGGUUCUUGUGUCCAAGCUAUCCAAAAUUGGAAUUCAUCUUCUACGAGUCUAUCCAAACGAAUCAAUACUCUUGAGAAGUCCAUUAACACCCUUACUUCGAAUCUCCCUCUGUCCCAGGACCAGCUCAAUCAUGUCCACUCUCUUCAAUCCCAGUUGGAUAGCCUUCUCUUAAAACAAGAAGUCUUCUGGAAGCAAAGAUCCAAGGUCCAUUGGCUUCAAGCUGGUGACCGAAACACUAAAUAUUUUCAUAAAACUGCUUCCAUUCGUAAAAGAGGGAAUUUCAUUCGUAGUCUAAAAUGUGAAAAUGGUCAGAAAGUCUCCACAUUUCCUGAGAUUUCUCAGGAAAUUCUUACCUAUUUUUCUACUCUUUUCACAUCCCAAUCUUCUAAUCAAGCCGCCAUCUCUACUAUUCUUUCUGCCAUUAACACUUCUUUGGCUCCCGACCAAAUCAGUUUCCUUAAUAGCCCCUUUACUGAGAAUGAAGUUCAUCAAGCCUUAUUUCAGCUUUCGGGGGACAAAGCCCCUGGUUUAGAUGGUCUUAACCCCUCUUUUUACCAAAAGAAUUGGCACGUCAUUGGCCAUGAUCUUUCACUUGCCAUUCUUGACAUCCUCAAUGGUAAUACUGCGCUCUCACCUAUUAAUAACACUCUCACGGUUCUCAUCCCUAAAAAAUCUCAUGCCACAACUCUCAAAGAUUAUAGACCGAUUAGCCUAUGUUCCACCCUCUAUAAAAUAGUUGCUAAAACUAUUGCUAAUCGUCUUAAACUGGUCAUUGGCAGUAUUAUUUCUCCUAAUCAAGGGGCCUUUAUUUCUGAUCGUAUCAUAUUUGAUAAUAUCCUUAUUGCUCAAGAAGUUGUCCAUGCAAUCAAUCAUAGGAAGCAGGGUAAAUUGGGCUGGGUUGGUCUCAAAUUGGACAUGGAAAAAGCCUUUGACCGUGUAGAGUGGGACUUUUUGAUUGCCAUUCUCCAACACUUCCAGUUUCCUCCCAAGUUUAUUAACCUCAUAUACCAAUGUGUGUCCACUGUCUCUAUUCGGUUCAAGGUCAAUGGUUCUAUCACCAAUGCUAUCUACCCUUCUAGAGGCAUUAGGCAAGGGGAUCCCCUUUCCCCGUAUUUGUUUUUGCUUUGCUCUGAAGGCCUCUCUGCUGCUCUUAAAUAUCAAGAAAGAGUUGGUCUUCUCAGAGGCAUUUCUAUCUCUAGACAUGCCCCUCAAAUCUCUCACUUGUUAUUUGCUGAUGACACUCUUCUAUUUACUACUGCUACGGUUUCCUCUUGUCAUGCUAUUAAGGAAGCUCUUGCUGUGUAUCAUCUUGCCUCGGGCCAAACUGUUAAUUUUAGUAAGUCUUCCAUGCUCUUUUCCCCAAACACCCCUACUUCCAUUUCAGACUACUUUUUCCAACAUCUAGGCAUGACCCCUAAGCCGUUCAUUAGUAAAUACUUAGGUGUCCCUCAAUGCUUUGGCAGAUCGAAAAAAGAUAGCUUUGACUUCAUUCUUCAUCGUGUAAGUAGUCACCUUAAUGUUUGGAACAGCAAACUCUUUUCAAAAGCAGGAAAGGAGGUUCUUUUAAAAGCAGUCAUCCAAGCCAUACCCUCUUAUGCUAUGUCAUGUUUCAGACUCCCUGUCUCCAUUUGUCAUAAAAUUGAAAAACUAAUGGCCCAAUUUUGGUGGGGCUCUAUGGGGAAGGGUUCUAAAAUUCAUUGGAAGUCAUGGAAUCAUCUUUGUGUUUCCAAGUUCUUUGGUGGGUUGGGUUUUAGAUCACUUGUUCAUCACAAUCAAGCCAUGCUUGCUAAGCAAGCCUGGCACAUUUAUUCUAAUCCUAACUCCUUACUGUUUGUUGUGCUGAAAGCUAAGUAUUUCCAUCAUAGUACCUUCCUUGAUGCUGAUCUUGGUCACACCCCCUCCUUUACCUGGCGUAGUGUUCUCUGGGGAAGGGAUCUCCUUAAGAAGGGUUUACUCUGGAAAGUGGGUAAUGGGGAAACUAUACGUACUGUUGAGGACUUUUGGGUGCCUGAGGUGAGGAAAAUUCAGUAUAAAGCUGGUUGCUCCCCUCCAUCGGAUAAAGUCAGUUUUUUCCUUCAUCCUGAGGGAUAUUGGAAUCGUGAAGCCCUCAACACAUAUUUUGACCCUCCUACUGUCUCUUCAAUCUUGCAUGUUCCCAUAGGUGGCUGUGAUAAGGAGGACUUUUUGAUCUGGAACAACCAUCCCUCGGGUAUUCUCUCUGUCAAAUCUGCAUAUCACAUUGCCAAUGCAGGCUCCCUCCCUCCUUCAUCUUCAAACUCCUCCCUCUCAAAGAAAUGGUGGACUACUCUUUGGUCUUUGAACAUCCCGCCUAAAGUUAAAACUUUUAUCUGGAGGGUGUACCACCAUAUACUCCCUGUCUCUCUCAAUCUCUUUUUGAAGAAAUCUCUUCCUAGUCCGAGUUGCUCUAGCUGCAACUGCCCUACUGAAACUGUAAGUCACGCCCUGCUAGAUUGUUCCAGUGCUGCUAAAUCUUGGAAACUAUCACCUUUUCGAUCCUUCUUUCUUUCCAAUCGUCACCAAGAUAUCAAAUGGUUUUUGGUCACUGCUUUCACUGAUCUACCCAAAAAGGACCUUAUGCACUUCUUGGGACUCCUCUGGGCUAUUUGGCACAAUAGGAACAGGAAAUUAUUUGCUGAUUUUUUUAUGCUUCCUAAUGAUGUUGUUUCCUGGGCUAGUGCUUUUAUCACAGAUUUUCAGGAUGCUCAAUUAAAAAAACAGUCUGCUUUAGCUCUGCAGCCCUCUUCUCCACAUCAAUAUAGCAGUAGCAGACUUUCCCAGGGCUUCUAUCGACUCAAUACUGAUGCAGCAAAGGAUGUGCAAUCGGGUAAGUUAGGCUUUGGAGCAGUUAUCAGGGAUUGGAAAAAUAGAAUUGUAGCAGGUCUCUCUACUCCAGUUCCUGGCAAUGUCAACCCUUUAAUGGCUGAAGCCUUAUCACUUCGAUCAAGUCUUCUCUGGUGCUAUAACAUUAAAAUCCCAUUGGCGGUUAUAGAGACAGAUUCGAAAGUUUUAGUGGAGAAAAUUCGAAAUGAAAAGUCAGACCUCUCUGCUCUCUCGGAUGUUAUCCAGGACAUUAGACUCUCUUUGUCUUACUUCCCUACAGCUUCCAUUAGAUACAUUGCUCGAAGUUUUAAUCGGAAUGCUCACUGCUUGGCAAGGAAGGCUUUAGGGCUAGACAGGGAGAAAUGCUGGAAUGGUUCUGUUCCAGUUCUGUAA